CCCUCAGGAAGUGUCCCAGACUUCAGUAACUGACAGCGGGUUGGAUGUCACGGGUUUCCUGGCUCACCCAGCCGCAGGUCAGCGGAGAUGAGCGCCUAAACCUCCGCUAACCCGGGGCUGUGUGAUCGGAGCGCGGCGGUAUCAUCCCAUCCACCCGCGUCACAUGUCUCCAUGUCAGCAGUACAUGCUCGUGUUGUUGUUGUCAGAUUGUGCUGCUGUUGGAGCUGCAGUGACGAUGCCUCUGGUUGUGCCUGAGAACCACAGUCAUGUCCUGGCAGAGUUCGACUGCCUCGACCCGCUGCUCUCUGCUCUGCGUUUGGACUCCGGCAGACUGAAGUGUACCUGUCUGGCUGUGUCGAGGAAGUGGCUGGCACUGGGAACAUCGACAGGAGGGCUGCACCUGAUUCAGAAAGAAGGCUGGAAACAGAGACUCAUUCUGACUCACAAGGAGGGAUCAAUCACUCAGGUGGCAUGUUGCCCUCAUGAUGAAGAUUUUAUUGCUGUUGCGACAAGUCAGGGUCUGGUGGUUGUGUGGGAGCUGCAGCUGGAGCGGCGUGGUCGUCCAGAGCGCGUCAGCGUGUCUUCAGAGCACAGAGGACACGACAUCACCGCCCUCUGCUGGGAUACAAACGCACUGCGGGUUUUUGUUGGGGACUCUGCAGGCAAAGUGUCCUGUCUGCGGGCAGGAUCGUCUAAACUGGGCAAGGGGGCAGCAUUUGUCAUCUUUCCUGUCCAAACUGUCACUACUGUUGACUCCAGAGUGGUUCAGCUUGGAUAUUAUGAAGGGCGCCUCCUAGUGUCUUCUCUCAGUCGCUGCUACCUUUGUGACACAGAGAAGGAGAAAUUUUGGCGCGUAGGCAACAAGGAGCGAGACGGGGAAUACGGAGCCUGCUUCUUCCCCCUGAGCAGGGGUUUACUUGUGGGACAGCCCCCCCUGCUGUACUGCGCUCGGCCGGGGUCCCGGAUAUGGGAGGCCAAUUUUAACGGCGAGGUUCUGAGUACUCAUCAGUUCAAACAACUGCUCGCCUGCCCCCCCCUACCUUUAAUCACUUACAGAAAUGAGCCAAAUUACAAUCCAACACAUAAAAGUGCGCAGUCUCUCUGCUUCCCUAAGCUGCUUUAUUUUGGAGACCAAAACCUGCUUACCUGGACGGAUUCAGCCAUUUUCAUCUUUACACCUCAAAAUGGACAAGUCUUGCUGUGGACUGAAGUUAAAGACCUGGCUGAUGUUGCCGUCCACCGUAACGAGCUGUUCUGUCUCCACGGCAGCGGCCGUCUGUCCCACCUGUCUCUGCUGUCUGCGGAGCGCUGUGUUGAACGUCUGCUGCGGAAAGAGUCUUGGACUCUGGCGGCUACCGUCUGCUGCAUGUUUCAACACGCCAUCAUGACGAGCAGGGCCAGGAAGUGCGUUCCCAUGGAUCGCCUUGAACAGCUGAAGUCUCAGCUCAGUUCCAGCUCGCAGGCAGAGCUGAUCCACCAGCUGGAGGAAGUCAUCCUGAAGCUGGAGCCGCUGGACUCGGCUUGCAGCAGCCGCAGAAGCAGCAUCUCUUCACAUGUGAGAACAAAUAUAUCAUUCCCCUCCAGCUACUCCAUCCAUCUGUGUUUUUCCUCCCACUCCUGCCCCCAUCUUCGCUUAGAUCCACAGAGCGGCGAGCGCCCGGACGCCGAUCGACCCGACCAGGGCCUGCAGUUCCACCUGCCGCUCUCUUUCCGCUCCAAACCCCCCCGCAUGGCUUUGCAGGCCGUCAAAGACAGUGUUUCCAGUUUUGUGAAGAAGACGACGGAGAAGAUCAACACCCUGCAGAUGAACUCGGAGCUUCGCCAGCGGCCUGAGUUUAAAGAGAGCUCCCAGCCCGACGCGUUAGCGGGCGCGCCGUCGUACUCGGAGGAAAUGGAGAAUGACGUUUAUAAUGAAGUAUCUAACGCUGAGGUUGCCAUGGAGGAACUGCGUGCAGCAACAGAGCGAGCCGUCUCCCAGAUACACGAUCCUUUGGCGGUGCUUGAUCCAGUCUGCCUCAGAGAAACGCUGAUGGAGUGGCUGCCGGUGUUGGAGCGAACUUUGGGCCCUGCUAACCUGUCAGCUUCUGUAACCAAUUCCAGCCUGGAUGGAUCCGAGGAGCAAUGGGAGAGAGAUUAUCUAAGCCCCUGCACAGAUCAACAACAACCAACAGAAAGUCUAACAGUAGAAGCCAAAGCGGUAGAACUAGAAGAAAAAGAAGUGGUCUGUGAGAAACCGCAGAUGUUAAACAUCAGUUCACUAGAUGAUCAAACCGAGCCGGUUCGAGUGGCACCUCCUACUCCUCUACCCACGGAUCUGGAAGCUAAUCUCAGCGAGCUAGCUACGCUUCACAUGGAGCUGAGCUGCUUCAGGAACCAGCAGGAAGUUCUGGGAGGCUCUACUUUCCUGCGUCGCUACUUCUUCCUGCUGGACACGGAGCGAGUGAGAAGAAUGUGUCUGCUUUGUUACCGGCAGCAGCCCAAGAUGAUGAGCUCCUUCUCUGAGGCCAUGCUAGAGCUGACUCAGUCCAGCAAGGUGGUGGAAGUUAUUCAGAAAGGAGAUUUGCUGAAAUCUCUUCGAAGCCUUAAGGAUCUGCAGCCGUGUGCAGCAUCUCAUCUGCUGGCUCACUUCCACAGGCUAUAUGAGAAGCACGGGGAGGCAGCCGUCCGCUCGUUUGCCCAGUUCUAUCCUGUGAUAACUCCUGCUGACGUGGCGGCGGUGGCUCAGCAAAGCCACUUUCUGGCUUACCUGGAUAACCUUGUGCAAUCAAGACCUGAGGAGCACAGGUUAUCAUUUCUGCAGUCGCUUCUCGAACCUGAAUCACUGAGACACGAUUGGCUGGAGCUGGCGCUGACUCACGAUGCCCCUCAGCUGACCGAUACCCUGACCUCUGAUGGACGGCCCAGGUGGCAUUCACACCGCUUCACUUGGGGCUACCGACGUCUGCUGUCUCUCCUGAUUCGCCUUCCUGCAGACAUUUCAUCUAAAGAGAAGAUGACCGAGAUGUGCCGCAGUCAUGGGUACUGGACGGGAUACCUGUACCUCUGCAAAGAGCUGCAGAGUCGCACCGAAGCGUUUUCCACCAUCUGUCAGCUGGAUGACGUCAGCCUCCUGGAGGAUCCUGAUGGUGUUGAACCUGAAACCCUGGACGAGUGGAAGCUUCUGCUGCAGCUCUCUCAGCAGUACUGCGGUGUGGCGGCUGCACCGCCGGCCGCAGACGUUAACGGGAGCGGCUGGUCCAACGGUUCCACAGACUGCCAGGGACGGAUCACCCCGGAGAGCCUGACCCUGAUGCUGGCUCGCACGGUGGGGCCGGACCGGGCCCUGGCGCUGCUCCAGGAAUGCGGAGUUCAAGUGGUCCUUUCCCCCCAUUCCAAACUGGUGUGUGACCUGCUGAGAGUCACGGAGAAGCGGCAGAGAGCGAUGAUUCAGACCAUGCUGGAGCGGUGCGAUCGGUUCCUCUGGUCUCAGCACGCCUGAAUGCUGACUGGUGCAUCAUUCGCUGACUCAGCACCUUUUAAACUCUCCUCAGCUCUUCAAGCUAAAAUCUUAUUUAUUCCAUCCAGGCCAAAACGAUGCACUUGUGCUUUAGUGAGAAAUGUUAUCUCUUCCUUUAAAGCAGCGCCUCGUCGAUUCUGUCAGUAUUCAUGCGUUUGUUUGCAUCACUCUUUGUCUAUUUCUGUUUUUGCAUGCUUGCACAUGUACUAAUAAAGAUGCUGUAACUUAACUUUCUGUUGUUGAAGGCCAAAGAAAUCAGUCUUCCUGCUAUGAAAAUAAAUACUUGAAGUAAUUAAAGGGUUGUGUUAAAAGCAAGUUUUAUCAGGUGAAUAAAGU